CCGGUCUAAGCUAUAGGUGAAGCCGCCUCUCUCUGCCAUACUGAAGCAGGUGUCCAACAUGGCGAACGCUGGCAGCGGCUCUCUCGCGACUAUUCUCUCUUUAUUUAUGCUUCAAGCGGCUCUUCACAAAGGAGCUGCACAGUACCCAGUGGUGAGUCAGAACCUGGUGACAGAAAAUGUGUCGGUGGUGGAGGGCGACGUGGCCAUCAUCAGCUGUCGGGUGAAGAACAACGACGACUCGGUUAUCCAGCUGCUCAACCCCAACAGACAGACAAUUUACUUCAGAGACAUGAGACCACUGAAAGAUGCUCGCUUUCAGUUGGUGAACUUCUCAGACAACGAGCUGCGGGUGUCGCUGUCUAACGUCUCGCUGUCAGAUGAGGGUCGAUAUGUUUGUCAGCUCUACACAGACCCCCCGCAGGAAGCCUACGCCGACAUCACUGUGCUAAUUCCUCCAGGUAACCCCAUCAUCGAGUCCCGGGAUGAGGUCCUGAGAGAGGGCAACGAGACGGAGAUGACCUGCACUGCCAUGAGCAGUAAACCUGCUGCCACCAUCAGGUGGAUGAAGGGAGAUAAAGAGCUGCCAGGCAAGCCCAAAGUUGAGCUGACCUACGACAAGAUGUACACAGUAACGAGCCGCCUGACGUUCACCGUCAGCAAGGAAGACGAUGGCGUGCCUGUGGUUUGCAUCGUGGACCACCCUGCAGUCAAGGACUUCCAAGCACAGAAAUACCUGGAGGUGCAGUACAAACCGGAGGUAAAGAUUGUGGUAGAAUUCCCUCAGGGUCUGACCAGGGAAGGAGAGAACCUGGAACUGACGUGCCAGGCCAAAGGCAAACCCCAGCCCCAGCGGGUGAACUGGGUCAAGGUGGAUGACGACGUGCCGUCCCAUGCUGUCAUCACUGGGGGCGAUCUUUACAUCGAAAACCUUAACAAGUCCUACAAUGGAACCUACCGCUGUAUGGCCUCCAACUCAGUGGGCGAGUCUUUUGACGACUACAUCCUCUACGUCUAUGAUGCUCCCACCACUACCCCUAUACCCACCACAGCCACCACCACCACCACCACCAUCACCACCACCAUCUCCCACCCUGAAGCCAAUCAAGACACUGCGCCCAGCACUGAACCUGCAGCUCAUGAUUCACGAGCCGGAGAAGGAGCACCCAGAACGGUGGACCACGCAGUCAUUGGAGGAGUGGUGGCCGUGGUCGUCUUCGCUAUGCUCUGUCUACUCAUCGUCUUGGGCCGCUACUUCGCAAGACACAAAGGUACCUACUUCACACACGAAGCCAAAGGUGCAGACGAUGCAGCGGACGCAGACACAGCCAUCAUCAACGCAGAGGGUGGCCACACCAACUCGGACGAAAAGAAAGAGUACUACAUCUAAUCAAGACGGGACCCCCUCACUCCAGCGUCCUCUUUGGGACGCACGAGCUGUUUGUGGGUCAGGGGAACGGGGGAGGGUGGUGGGGGGGGAGGAGGAUGAUGGCGAGAUUUGAGUUGGUUUAGGAUCACUUUUAGUGAGAGUAGAGGGGUCGAAAUGGGGUUUUAAAGAUGGUUUUAAGCCGUUGUUUAGUCUAGUCUGCAGAUGUAGAUGGAAUGUUUUGUGUGUAAAAAAAAAAAACAAAAAACAUUAAAAUCAAAAAAGGACAAAAAAUGGGAGGGUUUGGGUUUUCGGUAAGCAGAGAUGGGGAUGGGGUUGGGGGAGGGAAGGUGGGCCAGACGUUGCCAGAAAUCACUGUAGAGAGCUUCACCAUUCAACACCUCCCUUACUGCUGGUACGAAUUUUAUUUAGUUCAACCAUUUGCAGAAAAUUCUGUGCCUUGUUCUAUCCAUACUUUGGAUUUGUGUUGAUCCUCAUUUGCAUAACCUUGUUGCUCCCCUUUUUCCCUGUUUCAUCUUUUCCCACUCGUAAUUAUCAAUGUGCUGUUGGCUUUUGUAUGAGGGUAAAAAUUACACAGCCACUUUAUUCAUUUCCCUAAAUGUGUCUGCACACAUGCAUCCUCUCCUGCAUAACGAAAACUCUUUCCAGUAUACUGUGAUUUGUCUCAAGCCAUUACUUCCCCACACUCUAUUUUCGCCUGAAGUUUUGACAGCUCCGAAAAUGCAUGGAAUGCUUUACAUAUCAUUGUACAAAGGACAUAAAUGAGAAACAGGUUUGAUGUACUGCAUAUACCCGACCUGCCCCCUCCUUGACACAACAACAUUAAAAACAUAAUCAAAAAGAAGGCAGCAAAAGGUUAAUCUGAAAAGAUUUUAUUGGGCAAACAGUGUUUUGAAACCUCAGUUUGUUCUUCAGAGCAGAUACAUUACUGGCUCUUAAACAGUUACCUUUCUUAUUGAAGAGAAAUAAUAGAUUAUUUUUCCUCGCAGCGCUGCCAUUUCAUUAUUUUUAUUUUUUCUUCUGUUGGGAACUAUUUUUCUUUUAUUUGGGUGGAUGGAAGCCCUUUUUCCCCCAACAACUUUUAUUGAGCUAUAAUGAUGACAGUCAACUGAUUUCCAUCUGCUCUCAAUCUCAACUAUUUUUUCUCACAAAUGGGAAAGUAAGUAAAAUGUAAAUUGUUCUAAAAAAAUAUUUGUCAGGAGACUCUCAGUCAAGAUGCCUCAGAAAUAAAAGGCUGUUAAAAGAAAAAAGAAAUAAAAAACAACAUUUGGUAUUAAUAUUGGCCAACCAGCAGCCAAAAGAUGCUGGUGUGCUGUACAUGACUUCACUGAAAAGAGAAACAACUUUAACCAAACUGCAAACCGAAGCGCAUUCAGAUUUAUUUUAGGAAUAAGCUGCACAAAACUCAACAAAAGGCCAUGGCAGACGAGGGUUCAUGUUAUCUCAUAGACACACAAUCCAAUGUAAAUUAAGCCAACGGAGUCACAGCUGUAUUGUACACUAAUCCUUACUAAGAAAUAUUUUUUACAACUUACUAGAAGUACAAUGGAGUACAUUUGUGGAUUUUAUUGUGUCACGCUCAUUGUGAGUUUUGUCAAAAUGUAACAGAAGCAAAUGUUGGGGAAAGUAAACGUCUUCAAACUGAAAUGCUCUGAGAGGCCAGUCUUUCCACUUCCAUCACACCUUCUAAAUAUCUCUUUUGCUUUGAUGCAGCAGCUGGAGCGCUUAAUCAUUUGAUGGUUUCUUUUUUGCAUGUGUGUACCUUUUGCUUUUUGUCUUGCUUUAUGUAUCACCUGCCAAAACUGAAUGAGGAUCUGUUUUGCUGUGCCAGCUGGGGAGCACUGGGGAAUGCCAAAAGUAAUUAAUUGUUUGCUACUGAACUUAUUACACAUGUUGUGCUCCUUGGUGGUAGUCCCAUGGGUUGUGUUAAAGCCCUGGCUUCUUAACAUGGCAAUGAGGGGUUUAUUCACAUCAUUGUUUGUCAUUAUUAUGUGUUCACACAGCAAGCAGCUUGCUUAAUUAGUCCUGACUCUAUGUGACAGCCGUGGGCAGCUUGAGGGGAGGUCAAGAACUCAAAGUUUUGAAGUUCCAAAAAGCAAUCAAUUGGACAAACAUAAAUCAAAUGUAAUCAGUAGAGAAAAGUGUUGCCAAUUGCCCGGAUGUUGGCGACUUAGGUUGGCUCACACAUACAAUACGCUCGAGUGCACAAUAAAUGCAGAUGAAGUGCAGCGCAACAUCAAAACUUGCAAUGUUUGCUUCUUUUUAAUAAAAUACACCACAAUGUAAAAAAAAAAAAUACACUUUAGAGAUCAAGUUAGUUUUAUGUAAACGACAGUAAGUUUUAUUAAUCUGAAACAUUCCACAAAAGUUAGAUUGUAAAUGACACCUGUUUGUAUAUUAAUGAGAAAAUAAGCAUGAGUACCAUGUUUUAGCUAAAGAGUCCUAAGAGCUACUGUUCCAUUGUGAGUGUCCAAAAUUUGUCUCUGUGAUUAUUUUUAUUUGUAUUGUGACUUUGGUGUCAACCUCUAUAGCUGCUUUCACCCCCUGCAACAAAUGAAAAAACAAAUGAAUCAUAUGAAGAACCGUACUGCGAAAACAGAAAACAGAAGCAAAUAAAGAAAUUCUGCAAGUUGUACAGAACAUAACAGGGGGCACGUAAAUUGCUGAAUUUUAAUGAGAUUUGAAAACUAGUUUACAGUUUUAGUUGUAGUUUUAACAGGACAAAUAUACAAUGCUCAUAUUAAUGGAGAUAUUGCUACAUACCAAAUAGGGCAAGUCUACAAAUUACCUACUAGCAUGUUUAUCUAUAUUAAAUGUCCCUCAGAAGUGUCUGCUGUUUAGUCAUUCUGUGUCUUUGAACAUUUGUUUCUGUAUUUGAUUGUGUUUUUGUGUUUCCCGCAUUGCCUUUAUGCUUCGUAGGUAAUAAACUCAGAUUUCAUGUGAGUUUUUUGCUUUUCCAUUAUAUUUAAAUUUAAAUUUUCAGAUGCAUCUCUCAAUCAGAAAUAACAUCCUAUGAUAAAUAUCAAGAUCAACUGUAUCCCUUAGUUAAAAUCACCUUUUUCUAAAAAUGUCGCUGGAUGUCAAUUUUACAGUAAUUAAUGUAAAUUAAUUAGACUUACUUGCUGUGUGGACACCCAUGGAUGUCAUAUCUAAUAUUCAGUACUUUAUUGCCAUGUUAACAUGUUUGGAGUUUGUCGGCUCAGAUUGCAACACAUCAACAAUGUAAUAGCUUUAAAAUAUCAUAGUCAUGCAUGAAGACGGCGUUCGGUCUUUCCAUAUUAAGAUUGUGGUUUCGGGUUCGUUCAAAGGCAGUUGAGAAGGUUCUGCUGAAAUGCAUUUCACUUCCUGAGCAUCAGUGCUUUUGUAAAGUCGUUAAGUCUUUUUUUUUCUGCGGUUUUAGAAGACAGGAAGUGGGCUGGGUGGGAGCUGUGGAUAUAUUUUUAACUUUGUCAUUGGAUGUGGGCUACAGGAGUGAUGUUGCAGACAAAGGUCAAAGAUGCUGUGUCCAACUCUCUCCAACUGUUUAUUCUUCUGUGAAAACUUGAGUUAAUUUUAAAGUUCUGUACUCGCAAAAGGAAUUACCACUAGGUUAACACUGUACGCUGAUGACACUGUUUUGUGUUUGUUACGUGGACGGGUGGGGGUGGGGAAGGGUUCUGAUUAGGUUAGAUGUUUUACGAUCUGGUGUCUGAUAAAACUAUUAACUGACUUGUUAUCGUUGCUUUAUGAAUCACAGAGCAGAUGUCACUUCAUUUGUAAGACUGAGAUUGUGUGAUUUGUAUUUUACAGUGAGCACUAUUUCGCUUCAGUGACAUGUGGCAGCUUCCAUUUAAAUCAGACUGUACUUGCCAAUAAAGGAAUAGAACUGAA